GUAAAAACCCUGUAAUUCCCCUUUAGCUAUGUAUGCUUGACUAGCUCCGGCUUUGUUAGGGUUUCGCGAAUUCAAUCUCAAGCUCAAUCAUGGGCCAUCAAUGGCGUCCCAUGCCUCCGCCUGAGGGGAAUAUCUGCCCCGUUUGCUCCGCUGCUCAUUUUCCAUUCUGCCCACCACAACCCCUUCCUCCUUAUCCUCCGUACAGUCAAAACCCUAGAUUCCCACCGCAUCCAAAUUAUCUACCACCAGACCCUUACCAUGCGGGUAUGCCCAACCAGUACAUGGACAAUCCAAACGGAGGGUGGCAUGGAAACCCUAGUUUCGAUUACAGGGAAGGCUUUGGACUUCCAAUAUAUGAUUAUAACAAUAGUAAUAGCAAUAAUAGUAGUAAUGGCUAUAUUGGUGAGGUAGAUAGGAGAUUUAAGCGGCCUAGGGUUGAUGAGGUUGGAUCUACUUUAUAUGGACAAGAUAAUAACCAAAAUCCGGCAGAGAUCUUAUCGGAGGAUGAACGAAGAUUGAAGCUGAUACGCGAUCAUGGCGUUGCUUCGAGUGGGAAUUUGAUGAAUGUUCGAUAUGGUUCGGAGUUCAAUUCAAGUUAUGGUAGGAAUGCAGAUAUGAACUAUCACGUUGACAGUUCGAGGAACGGGGAACCUAAUCGUUUCCAGAAUGAUAGGAGUGCCAUGUACAGUCCUUUCCAUCCAAAUGCUGGAAAGCAGCAGGCGCGCGAACCUCAGAGUCUGCCUUAUCAAGUCACAGAAGUUCGUAACGCGCAUUAUGGUGAUCUUAAUUUGCCACAGAAUCAGUUAAACGAAUCAAUGUCAGCGAAGGGAUCACAGUCUUCUCAUUCGAGUAAUUGGCAACACAAUCAGCCAUCGCAAUCUUAUGGAAUGCCUACUUAUUUGAGACCUGAUUAUCAAUCCCCUGGCCACGGUAUGAACGAGCCAGGAGGCUACUUGCCUUGCCCUGAAAAUAGGAUAAUUGGUGGUCAGCCUCCUCGUGCACCUCUUCCUGCGUCGCCACCGCCUCCUGUACCGAUUGAACGCUUUAAAACCUCCUCUUCGCCACCAAAAAUUUCCUUGUUUCCAGUUCCUAUUAGUUCCUCAGCGACAAAUUCUUACUUGCAAAAUAAGCCUCUUUCACAUGCUUCGGCUGCCUUUUCUUCAGAGGGAUGGCAGACAUCGUCUCUGCCAAAGCAGCUAUCUCCAGAUAAGCCAACAGUCAUUGAUGCUUCCCAAUUGUUUAAGCAGCCUUAUCGGGCUACUCGUUCUGAUCAUAUUGUGAUAAUCCUUCGAGGGCUUCCAGGUAGUGGUAAGAGCUACUUGGCUAAGAUGAUGCGUGACCUUGAGGUUGAAAAUGGUGGUAACGCCCCACGUAUUCAUUCAAUGGAUGACUAUUUCAUGACUGAAGUUGAAAAGGUUGAGGACAGUGAUGCUUCAAAAUCUUCUAGCUUGGGUAGAGGCAAGAAGCUGACUGUGAAGAAGGUCAUGGAGUAUUGUUAUGAACCUGAAAUGGAGGAGGCUUAUCGAGACAGCAUGUUGAAAGCAUUCAAGAAGACCCUUGAGGAGGGAAUUUUCACAUUUGUUAUUGUGGAUGACCGCAAUCUGCGGGUAGCUGAUUUUGCUCAGUUUUGGGCAAUUGCAAAGAGGUCUGGCUAUGAAGUUUACUUAUCAGAAGCUACAUAUAAGGACCCUGUGGGCUGUGCAGCUAGGAAUGUACAUGGAUUUACGCUUGCUGAAAUAAAAAACAUGGCUCAGCAGUGGGAAGAAGCUCCGACCUUAUACUUGCAACUAGAUAUCAAGUCAUUAUUCCACGGGGAUGAUCUGAAGGAAAGUGGAAUUCAAGAGGUUGAUAUGGAUACUGAAGAUGGAAGCUUUGAUGAUAAUCCACCUGGACUGCUGGAAAGAAAUACUGAGAAGACCAUGCCUGUGCUCUUGGAGGAUAAUCCACCUCAGGUUCUUCCAAAAGAUGGGAAGAGAUGGGAUGCUGAAGAGGACCAUUCUACAACAGGAGUGAAAGAAUUAGGUAAAAGUAAAUGGUCAGAUGACUUAGAUGAAGAUGAUAAAGAGGGGUCUAAAGGCAUGAAGCGCAAUUUAAAUGCUCUUUCUGGGAUAAUUCAAGCAUAUGGAAAGCAAGGAAAAACUGUGCGUUGGAGUGACCAGGGUGGCAAUACUGGUUUUUCUAUAGGUGCAACAAAUAAGGCAAAUGUGCUGUCUUUAGUGAUUGGACCAGGUGCUGGAUAUAAUUUGAAGUCCAACCCAUUAUCCAAAGAUGAAGGCCUAGCAUCAACCCAGAGCAUGGCCGAGUUAAGGAGACGGAGCACUUUCCAAGAACGACUUCGAGCAGAGCAUGAGUCCUUCAAAGCUGUUUUUGAUAAGAGGAGAAGACGGAUUGGACUUGAUUUAGAGGAUGAAUAAUAAUACGCGUUCUAUCUUCAAGUUUUUGAAGUACUCAAUUUUUGGUAUUCUUUACAGCGCUGUUGUCUAAUUACUAGGUUGAGCGGAAAAUGGAGGUAGUGCCGGCCCUUUCCAGCAUGUAUAAUUUGAACCCAAAAAAAAAAAUCAAUUGGUAGAAAUAAAAUGUUUCUUUCUGCCAUCUUGUAUCAGUAUCUUUUCUUAACUUUUCUUGUAAUUGAAAUCUUAUGAAGGAUGGUUCAAGAAAAGAUAAUCAAUUUAAACUUUGAUGCUCACCGGCAUCCAUGGAGGAUUCAAAAAUCUGAGAGAUGGGCCAA